AAACCUAUUUAGUUAGACAGCAGAGUUAACCAAGAAGAGCUGGAAACACCUGAUGGUCUCUGUGGGGACAAUCCGCUCCAUACAACUCUCCUCUUAACUGUCGGAAGAUAAAUCUACCUCCAGGCUUCAUUUUUGUCGAGUUUUUGUUGUGUUUUCUCUUCUGAAAGAAAAAGUUACAGAGCCAGCUGAUCUCUCUUUCUCUCUUCAGCCAAAGAAUCACUGAUAAGGAGACAUUGCACUAUUCUUUUUUUUAUUGUUCCUAUUUAUUGUAUUUUGCACUAACGAUGCACACCACGCAAAAGGACACGACCUAUACGAAGAUUUUUGUCGGGGGUCUUCCCUACCACACCACGGAUUCAAGUCUCAGGAAAUAUUUUGAGGUGUUUGGUGAGAUUGAAGAAGCGGUGGUCAUUACCGACAGGCAGACGGGCAAGUCCAGGGGUUAUGGAUUCGUGACGAUGGCAGACCGCUCAGCUGCAGACCGGGCCUGUAAGGACCCCAACCCGAUAAUUGACGGCAGGAAGGCCAACGUCAACCUGGCGUACCUGGGGGCCAAGCCUCGGGUGAUGCAGCCAGGUUUUACCUUUGGUGUGCCCCAAAUUCACCCAGCGUUCAUCCAAAGGCCUUAUGGCAUCCCGGCCCACUAUGUGUACCCUCAGGCCUUCGUUCAGCCUAGUGUGGUCAUCCCUCAUGUGCAACCUGCAGCUGCUGCACCCGCCACUGCUUCCUCCCCCUACAUCGACUACACCGGAGCUGCCUAUGCGCAGUACUCUGCAGCCGCGGCCAACGCUGCCGCUGCAGCUGCAUAUGAGCAAUAUCCCUACGCUGCAUCCCCUGCCGCCGCAGGCUACGUGGCUACUGCUGGUUACGGCUACGCAGUCCAGCAGCCUUUAGCCACAGCUGCCCCGGGCUCAGCCGCUGCUGCAGCCGCAGCCUUCGGUCAGUACCAGCCUCAGCAGCUGCAAGCCGACCGCAUGCAAUAGCAGCCACUGCAACCACUGGACAUGCAGAGAGAGGAGGUCCUCCCCCGGCCACAGCUGAUUGGUCAGGAGAAGGAGCAGCGAAGGAAAAGAAAGAGGGAGUGGCCUUAGGGGGGGUGGGCGUGUCAGCGACUCAGAGGCAGGGUUGCUUUAAAAAGGUGAUGAUGAUGAUGGUGGUGGUGAUGAUGAUGGUGGUAGUGAUGAUGAUGGUGAGGUGGGAACUUUUUACAGUAACUUUCCAACUUGCUGUGCUUCUACCAAAAAACAGAAAAUGAAAAAAAGUCGCAGAACAAAUAAUGGAAAGUGAUUUACUAUUAUUGUUGUUGUUAUUACUAUUAUUAUUAUUAUCAUUACAAUUAUCAUUGUAGUAGAGUACUUAUUUCUAGAGAAGAGAAGCAGGAACUAAUCCCUGUGGUUGGUAUAGGUGUUAAACUAAGCCUUUAAGUCCUAUUGCUGUCUUUAACGUUAGGUUAGGAAACUGUUCUCUUUUUUUCACUUGUGGUUUUCCACAAGUGUUUUCGGUUAUUUGAUGCCCUCAUAACAUUUAUAUUUAUUAUUGUUAUUAUUACACAUUGGGGGCUCUUCUUGUUCUUAUUGUCUUUUCAAGUGCAUUUUUGGAGUUAUUAUUUUCUGAUAAUCAGGGAAAUGGAACCGUUUCCAACGUGUUAGCUAUUAUUAUGUGACCUCUGUCAGGAAGUCGAGGAGUCGUAACUCGUCGUGUC